AAACCGAUUUGGUUAGAAGAAAAAAAAGCAUUUGACGAGGAAGUCAUUCAGACGGCAAAGCAGCAAUCUCGUGUCAUUGAGAGAAUAUAAGUAGGCUACGCACACGUUAAUUUCAUCACAUUAAAAACCACGGAAUAAAGUAACAAUGUCGUCCCCACACUUUAACAAGGGACCGUGUUAUGGAUUUUCUGCAGAAGUCAAAAACAAAAUUGCCCAGAAGUACGACCACCAGAAGGAGGAGGAGUUGCGGACCUGGAUCGAGGAUGUGACCGGCUGCCCCAUCGGGGAUGACUUUCAGAAGGGCCUGAAGAACGGAGUCAUUCUCUGCCAACUGAUCAAUAAACUGCAGCCUGGUUCUGUGAAGAAAGUAAGCCAGUCUUCUCAAAACUGGCAUCAGCUGGAGAACGUGUCCAACUUCAUCAAAGCCAUAACAUCGUAUGGGCUGAAGCCUCACGAUAUUUUCGAAGCCAACGACCUGUUUGAGAGUGGGAACAUGACCCAGGUCCAGACCACUCUCCUGGCCCUCGCCAGCAUGGCUAAGACCAAAGGCCAGCAGUCCAGUGUGGACAUAGGGGUGAAGUAUGCUGACAAACAGGCGAGGGCUUUUGAUGAGGAGAAGAUGAAGGCUGGAAACUGUGUCAUUGGCCUGCAGAUGGGUACCAACAAGGGUGCCAGCCAGGCAGGCAUGAACGCCUACGGCACCAGGAGACAUCUGUUUGACCCAAAAUCCAACAUACAGCCGCCUAUGGACAACUCCACCAUCAGUCUGCAGAUGGGUACCAACAAAGGGGCCAGCCAGGCUGGAAUGACCUGCCCUGGAACGAGACGCGCCGUCUACGACCCGAAGACGGGCACAGACAAGUGCGACAACAGCACCAUGUCCCUGCAGAUGGGCUACACCCAGGGCGCCAACCAGAGCGGGCAGAACUUCGGACUCGGCCGCCAGAUCUACGACGCCAAGUACUGCCCCCAGGGCGAGCGGGAAGAGGGGGCAGAGGCUGGCGCCUGCACCCAGGACUACCAGGACGAGGGCUACCAAGGGUACCAAGAUGAUGGGACGGAGUACUGAAGGAGCGAACAGGUUGAAGUUGCUUGGCAACGGGACUGUAUUUCCCCUUUUUUAUUUAGUGAUUUCCCCCCCCCAGACAUAAUUAUGUUCCAAGACAUAAUUUUGAUCCAAAGGAAUCUGAUUUUCUCCCCCACUCAUUGUCACUCGCACAUGAAUUGACUGCAACCCCCCCUGACCAAGGCAGAGACGAAGAGGAAGAGGUCAGAUAGAUUCCACAAAUAUGUCUGGAAAACAAGUAUUACUGUUCAACGUUCCUUCCUAGCCUGCUACGCUGUAUUUAAGAAAAGGAACCUCCUUUUAAUAAUGGGAAUGGCAGUAGGCUGUUUUGUAAUUGCACACAGAUAGUUUUUUCUUUUGAAAUUAUUAUUACAGGUUGCAAUGUUAUAAAUGACAGAGAUGCACCUCAUAUUUAUGCAACAUAUUUUUCAAUAUCAUUGUUGGCAAAGAUGAUGGGUCUGCAUUAGCACUGGUAACACUUCUGCCCUGUUACUGCAAAACCAUGGAAACGUGCCCAACAUUUUGUUACAAUUUCCCAUGAUCCUUGGUAACCCAAGAAUGUCAUAUUUGCCCUGUUUCACUACAGUGCCUCAUCAUGAAAGUCAGAGAGCAUCCAUAGUGACCCAAGGACCUGGGUAUCUCCCUUAUCAUUCCAGCUCCUGCCAUGAAGAUCAUGGUUUGUGUUAGUAUGGUUGUCCAUGUGAAUGGGGUAGAGUUACAGUGUGACUGCCUGAAAUGUGUUUCAGUAUGACAGCUGUGAGAUCUGUUACAGUAUGACAGCCUGAAAUGUGUUACAGUAUGACAGCCUGAAAUGUGUUUCAGUAUGACAGCCGUGAGAUCUGUUACAGUAUGACAGCCGUGAGAUCUGUUACAGUAUGACAGCCGUGAGAUCUGUUACAGUAUGACAGCCUGAAAUGUGUUACAGUAUGACAGCCUGAAAUGUGUUUCAGUAUGACGGCCUGAAAUGGCUUUGUUCUUCCUGUUUGUCCUGCCCUUUGUGUGUGUUCUCAUCAUUCAAAGUAUUCACAAUAAACAAUUUGUUUCUGCUUCCAUGAAAAUAACCACGGUGAUUCAUAAAUACUUUUGCUAAAGUGACCACAUUUUUUACAAAGUAGGAUUCAUUAUAAUCGGUGCCAGUGUCUUUCUUGUUUGUUUUUUGUCUUUUUUACAAUAAUCCUUUAAGCAAUUUUAAAUGUGGCCAUUUGUUGUUUUGUUUUUUCUUAUUCCUGAUAUUUGUUUUUAGCUGUCGGCAGUCCAAAAACCAACCAGCACUAUAUUGCUCAUUCUGGAUCAUUCCUUUACUUCCUGUGAAUUUUUGUAUGCAUUUAUGUUUUUAGAUUGUAUAUUUUACAAGCCUGUAAUGGAUACCAAUUGAACAUUUUUGAACUUUGAAAAAGAAGGGAAGAAAUUGUAAUAAAUUGUGUAUAUACUGCAACUCUGGUGUGGAUAUGGGUUUGUGUGAGUACUGAAAAAUACAGUAUUCAAAAUACAGUUGUUUAACGUUCUAUUCAGUUAAGGUAUUUUUCUGAUAGAUUAGACUUCAGUACCAGGUAAGGUACUGAGAUAAAGGUUUAUUAUGUAGGUUAAUCUCAAGCAGUGCAUUGUAAUGGAACUGAUGUUUGGCCUUAGUAAGUAUGUGUAUUUGCAUGAAUUAUUUGCAGGUAUUUGGCCUUAACCAUUAUUUAUCUGGUAUCUUAGAAUAUUUGGAGACAUUAUUGGUCAGCGCUGGAGAAAAGUCAGUUGCAAGCCUUUAUUUUGCCUACUUUCAGGAGUAUUUGUUCCAGUGUUUCUAGUUGAUAGGCUGCCACCAAGUGGUGACUUGCGAUAAUAUUCACUCUCUUCGGUGGAGCUGUAUUAUAAGUAAAUAUCAGACUCACAUUUUGAUAUAGCUGUUCUCUUUCUCUGUUGGACAUUUGUGUAUUGCGUUCUUAUGUUACUGUUCUGCUCAAAUCAUGAGCAAAAAUGAUUUUUAUGGACGAUGGUGCCAAGCAAAUUGCAAUUCCAGGUCCUACAUAAAUACAUGUCCCAAAAUGAGCAAUAUGUCUUAUGAAUAAAAGGAAAAUAAAAACAAAAUUACCACCCAUAA